AGGCAGCAGAGACGCAAGUGUUUGGUUGUGGAGGCCGGCUCCUUGUUUGCAGGUUGGUGGGAAUUUAAAAAUUAUGGCGCCUUAGUUUUGCAUGUUAAGCUGUUGAUUUCUUAAAAAUCAACUUUUGAUUUUUUAUACUUUUGCUUGGCAUUGCACUCCUGUACAAGUACUGUUGAUAUAUCAACUGCUUGCUUUCAUUGCGCUUAAACGAUCACCCCCACGACAAGGUAGCAACGAGCAUUAGCCUCCGUUUCAUUUCCUAAGCAUUCUUCUUUUUUCUAUUUUUUUUAAACCACGAGACCUGCACUAAACUGCUAGUUUAAUAGCUGACUGAACGCUAGCAUGUCUUCUACUCACCGGAGCCAAACUGGCUCGACGAACGACUUUCAUAACAACCAAGAGAACAUGCUGUCAAGACUACGAGGCUCCCUAAAGCCCAGGGCGGCGGAGAACCAGGAGAAUAUUCCGCCCAAACAAGCCGUGACCCAAAGAACCGUGCUGGGAUCCCUGCAAAGCAACCAGCGGGGCAAAGCAACGACCCAGCGUGCUAGCAAACAGGACUCAUCACAGCCACUUUCCUGCAAAAAUGAAGAUUCCUGCAAAGUCUCAAAGCAGCCCACGUUCCAAAUCCAUGUGGAUGAGCCAGAUGGUGCCUGCGUCAAGAAGCACAGGGGUGUGGAGGCCCCCAAAGUCCCGGAGGUGGUGGUGGAGGUAGCGGAGGAAGCUUCGCCCCUGAAGGUGGACAAUGCCGUGACUCGUCUUCGCCAGCCCCUUGCCACGCUCAAUAUUCCCACGGCCAUGGACAUGAGUUUUGACUCUCCCAUGGACAUGUCUUUGAUGGAGGGUGACGACAAGACUGCCAAUGUAACGGAUGUUCCAGAAUACGCUCAUGAGAUUCACACCUACUUGAGGGAAAUGGAGGUGAAGAGCCGACCAAGAGUGGGCUACAUGAAGAAGCAGCCCGACAUCACAAAUAGCAUGCGUGCCAUCCUGGUGGACUGGCUGGUGGAGGUGGGUGAGGAGUACAAGCUCCAGAACGAGACCCUCUACCUGGCCGUCAACUACAUAGACCGCUUCCUGUCAUCCAUGUCCGUGCUGAGGGGCAAGCUCCAGCUGGUGGGCACCGCCGCCAUGCUGCUGGCCUCCAAGUUCGAGGAGAUCUACCCCCCCGAGGUGUCGGAGUUCGUGUACAUCACAGACGACACGUACACCAAGAAACAGGUGCUGAGGAUGGAGCAGCUGGUGCUGAAGGUGCUGUCCUUUGACCUGGCGGCCCCCACCAUCAAUCAGUUCCUCACGCAGUACUUCCUGCAUCACAGCAUCGGCGAGCAGGCCCAGAGCCUUGCCAUGUACCUUGGGGAGCUCAGCCUGGUGGACUCUGAUCCAUUCUUGAAGUACCUUCCAUCUCAGACCGCCGCGGCCGCCUACAUCCUGGCAAACGCCACCCUGACUGGUGCAUCAUGGCCCAAUUCCUUGGUGGAGAAGACGGGCUACACUGUGGAGGAGCUGAAGCCAUGUGUGGAGGAUCUUCACCAGAUGUACCUGAACGCAGCGCAGCACGCUCAGCAGUCCAUCAGGGAGAAGUACAAGGCGGCAAAGCACCAGGAAGUUUCCCUCAUCGACCCCCCAGCAACUCUGCAGUUUGAGUGACAGCUUUCACACUUUUUUUAGAGUUAUACUUCCUGUCAGUCUUUUGAAAUGUUCCCUUUUAUACAUGUUUUUACCUCCUGAUGCUGCAGUUAAAUCGUGUUUUUUAAAAAUCACCGGUAUGUAAAUACGAACUGGCUUUCACCACUGAAUUUUUGGGGGGUUUUGCUCAAGCAGUUCUAAUUGCUGGGUUCACUUUUUUCCAACUGCUAAAUGUUGAAGUGGAUGGAUGGACGGCAUUAAACCUGUUUGUCGGUCAUGGAGUCAGCUGUCUUUACGUUGACAUCUUCUCAGGUGUCUUACAGCACUGUAAAAUAAGGCUCUUGUAAAUAAAUCCAUUUUAAACCUCA